GAGGCGACUGAAGAGCUGCGGCAGUCCAGUCACUGAGAGUAAAGUGCUUGGUAUCCAAAAAAAUAAAAAAUAAAAGAAGAGGUGAAGUAAUAUUUUUCCGUCUCCUCCCGGAUGAUCUUUUUACUUGUAAACCUGACAGGAAUAUAACAGAAGAGGACAUCUUUUUUUUCUGUCCUGGGAUGACUAUGGAACCUAAUUUUGACUUCAACAUCUAGAAGAAAACAAGAAUAAAAACAAAGACUUAAAGGAAAGGAAAGAUGGAAUAAAAGCAUGGGUGAUUUCCCAAAGAAGAACAAUCACUAAAAAGUAUCCAAAUAUUUAAUCUUAACUAUAUUUGCAUUGCUGUUUAUCCCAACAGAGGUUAAAAACAACAAAAACUGGAAGACAAACAGGAUAUGUAUAAGGAGCAAAAGGGAUGCAGGAAUCCCACUUUGGAAAAUGAAGGUAAAACGCAGGAAUCUGCAUUGAAAGAAAAAAGCUCAUUUGUGAUAUUGACAGACUAGCAACCGAGUCAGAAUCCCAAGGAACCAAUUUUAAAAUGGAUGAAUAAAAACAUUCAUUAUUUCAAGGGAAAAGGAGAGGCAAUUAAAAAGUUUAAAGUGAGGAAGGGAGGCCAAAAGACAACAAAUAAAGAGGAAAGCAACAAUAGAAAGUGAUCUGAAAAAGCUCAAGGACAACAGAACAAACCAAGAACCAGGAGAAGCUGACUCCGACAAUGAAACAUUCUCUCCUCAUCUUCGUCCUCCACUUGGCAGCGCCGACGUUGAUGGCGAAGGGCGUGCCUCAGGUGCAGCUGGGGCGCUGGGUGCGCUCAGGCCUGCAGUCCCUGCAGUGGGACCAGCUGCACCACUGCCUCCGCGCCUCCUCUCACUCCGAAACAGAGUGCCGGCGACUCGCCCACUUGUCUCCCUCCGCCGUGGCAGUCUACGCCUCUGAACCGCGUACAGGUGUCUCCGACAAAGUGCUGGCCAUUCUCCCAGACUCUUACUCGUCCAGUGGGUUGAUCAGCUCCAAAUUUCGGAGCGCUUUCGGCAUCGGCCGAUUGACAAAUGGGAGGGAGAGCCGACAUAGGUACCAAGCGCCUUUUCUCGCCUCCGUGAGCCAUGACGCGGUGCUGGUGCUGGACCCGAAUCCCAGCGAGAACUUUGGUCACCCAGUUGCCCUCUUCUACGUGGACUUCAAUGUGACAAAGAAGAGAUGUUCCCACCUGGACGGCAUUUAUCUGGGUGAGGAGUGCUUGACUCAGGCCUUGAAAGGUCGCUGUCAGAACCAGCUGAAGCGUUGGCAGGCCGGGCCCGAAAGGCUUAUGGAACAUGGGCAUAGCUGGCUCAUGGGAGGAGCUCCACGCAGAGGUACCUUUAGCAGUCAGGUCAGUGGACGGCUCUGUGAGGUCCACUUUCUUCCCUUGGUGGUUGGAGUCGGAGACAGCAACCGGACCCAGAGACUCAGAUGUGUAGAUCACACCGAAUUUUCCAGGUGUCCUCAAUUGGUGCCCAUGGGGUCCCCCAGUUUGCCCGUUUCGAGUUGCGAGCUGAAUAAAAACACGAGACGCUGUCACCAGCAGCCACUGGCCACGCACCUCUCCUGCCGCCUUUACCAGACAUGCGACCAUGCUGUGCUUAUCUCUGGCGGCUGGCGGCAGCAGAUGACAUUUCAGCGACAUGUGCAGAAUCUUCAGAGGUUCUACAGAAUGCUGCGUAUCAAUGGUUUUCACAAAGACCAUAUCAAGACCUUCUUUGCCAGCAGUGGACACAAUCCAGAGGAGCUGGAGGGUGCCUACUCAGCCACGGAGAAGGCGGUGAUCCGUAACCAUGUGUCAUAUGUCUGCAGGAAACAACACUGCGCCGACUCACUGGUGCUCUACCUGAACUCGCCCACGCGCAACGAUGGGACCAUGCUCCUGUGGGACGCCAACCUCAAUGGCAUCGCUGAUCUGAAGGAGCGCUACUCAGUCAAUGAACUCUUGACUGACCUGGCCGGCUGUCGGGCAACUCGUGUUUUGUUGUUCGUGGAUCAGAGCUACAGUGGCGUUCUGUCCAAAAGGCUGAGAGGCUCUCAGAAACAUCUCAAUGUAGUUCUAAUCCCAAACCAGAAAUUGUUGACUCAAAACUACCAGAACCAGCGGGUGAGCAUGAGCUGGGAGGACAGCAGCUGGGCACAUAUUGGUCCGUCAACAUGCUUGCUGGACUACCUGGAGAAGAGUGCGGGUGAUUCCCACCUGUUGGACCAGUGGGCCGGCCUCUUGAACAUCACCCUGGCAGGAGCUCCGUGCAACGCCACACCUCCGCUAACGGACAGCGAGAUGAGGCGAUGGUACCAGGGAUGCCAGAACCUGCCGACCGCACUUUGGCACAGGAAGUACCAAAGCAGCAACUAAAAGAGGGAGACACAAAAUGACUGACCAGACAGGCGGCGAGAGAGGAAAACACCUCACUUCCACAAUACAUGUUAGAGUUAAUCACAUGCAUGUGUAGAUGGACAGUAAAAGCAAUGUGUGUGUGUGUGUGUUUAGUGUGUCUUUGCGUGCGGGGAUGUAUGUAUGUGUGUUUUCUGCCCUGACGCUGAACUCGGACUGCAACCAUGGUGAUGACAGCACAUCCCAAGGGGGCGUCCUGAACCUGAACGCCAUUUGUGUGUGGAGGUUCAUUAAAAGGACAGCACUUGUGUCAGAGCUUGCGUGUGUGUGUGUGUGUGUGUUCAACAUUUCACAACUGAUCAUCACUCCUAUUUUAGUCUGCAUCAGUUUUUUUUCUUCCAUUUCUUUGCUUCUUGUUUUCGUCCAUCACUCACCCCUCACCCAUGACCUCAUCAACUGACCCUUUUAUCGCACACUCACCUUAACUUAAUCAUGCACAUUAUUCCUAUAAUUUUCCAAAUUAUUUGAAAACUUCAAUUUUCAAAACAUUUACAUCCACUAUUUGAAUCUAGCGUGUCACAUAUCAGGCAAAUAUCUUGUUGUCACUUUGACACAAACGAUGGGAGGCUUUUAUUCAAAAUGAAAUAAAAAACAGAAUUAUCAAAUGAAAACCAAUUACAUAAACAGAGAACAAUUCCAUACCUUUACUCCUGUGCGUGGCUAGCGCACGAUUUGAUUGCGUAAUAGGUCCAGACCAUUUUAACAGAGGUAUCGAAAAUGAAUGGACAAGUGAAUUGAUUACCGUUAUUUGACAAUGAAUGUUAAGGGGGAAUAAGAAGCAGCACAGUGAACAAGCGGUGAGCAUGUCUGCCUCAUAUCUGAGGGUUCAAAUCAGGAUUGUACCCAGGUACUGUGCUGUUCUCCGAACAUUCCCCAGCGACAUGCAAGCUUGGUUAAUUAAAGACUCCCAAAUCGUCCAAGAGUCUGAUCGUCAAGGCUCAUUUGUCUUGGUCUUUUCCUUCUAAAUGGCUUGCUGGGGACCAGUCCGGGGUGUACUCAAAGUCAGUUCCGAAAGCACACAGCUCACUGGAGAGGCGAGUGGAAUAAAGAUUGUCGUUUCAGACACUGAUUCCACAUAGCAUGAGAUCACUUUGACUAUCCAUGGGGAACUCAUGUUUAGUAGGAGUUGGAUUUCACUCUUUCACUUUCGUCAUACCUCUGAGAGACCUUUGUAAUAGACCAGCGCGUCUAUAAAACUAUUCUGUGGCGUUUGCUCCGUUGAGUGUGUGAGAGAAGUAAGAGUUCUGCCCUGAGCAUCCUACACUUCCCGAACGAGACAAACAUUACCUUGAUGGACUAAACUCCCUCUUCAAAUGACUCCAUGUGAUUUUUUUUUUCACUUUUCGCCCCUGGGCAUUACGUUUUGACAUAAAGAUGUCUGUGAUGAAUCCUUUCAGGAGUGCAUGAAUUCUUGGCAAAAAAAAGUGAUUUUACUUCAGGGGAAGAAAACAGAGUUCAGUUGAAAUAUAUUUUUUGUGACACCAGUCCUGGAGCUUUUUUGUCAUGACCCGUCAGCAGUUACUUCCUGUUUGUAUUCUACUGUCGAAAAAGAAGCCACCUUUCUAGGGAAGGCAUUUAUUUUCAGUUGAUGAAGCAUGCUGAGAAUGUUUGGGGAAUGGGGUCCAGUGGGACUGCCACUAUGAGAGGAAGUUUAUUGUUCUCGAUUUCUAGCCUCCAAUUGGCUGGCCACGAGUACAGGGUGCACUCCAUCCCUUGGUAAAAAAAAAAUCAGAUGGGAUGAUGGGCUCCACCCUGUGAUUAAAAUAUAAAAUGUAAAUAAAUGGAAGUAUGAAUUUAUCCAGAGGAAAAAAGUAGAAAAAAUAAGUUCCCUCUGGUUUUAUCAAUUUUUUUUUUCAAUCAGAAAAAAAACAACAGUGAGAAGACAAAAAUAAAAUCUAAUUCGAGGUAUCUUGCAUCCCAGAUUUUAAAACAUGGAGGAGUUUUUCCGUGUACCGACUAAAAGAGGAAGUGUGAGGGGAUGCGAAGGACAUGGAAGGAGAAGCUGAGAUUGGCCUGCAAUGAUCAUGAUUAAGAUAUGAAGCACUGCGACUGCCCUCGCUUCUACACCGGCUGGCCAUGGCUUUUUAAUAAGGGCGCUGCUCCUGUGUGUGUUGGUGUGCGUGUGUGCGUGUGUGUGAAUGACAAAUCACUCGUGAACACACUCUGGAAAGAACUCAUUACUGACAAUGUGUUGUCUAAUCGUUUUUGUCGUGUACCUGAUCUGACCUCCUGACGUGUCUUUUCAACCCUCAACAAACAACAUCCACUACCUAUACAAAAGUGAUGUGACACAUUCCGCCUUACGAGAAAUGGAAAGAAAAAAAAUCCUUACAUAAUUGUCCUUUGGGAAGACUUGUGGCGUGUAUGAGAUAUUUUUUUUUCGUCCCAAUGUCUGACGGCCAAGCGUGUCUUGACCUUGCCCUGUGCACUGGGAAUGGGAAUCCCUACUAGCAUAUUUAACCGAUUAAGAGGCAUGCCUCUGCUUUGCGUUGAUGUUUGUUUACAUAACGUUUAAGAUGGCCGCUUAGGAAAACGUUCCCAAAUGUGUGGAUUGACAGACCGGACCAUCCACCAAGAUUGUGCCCAAAAAGUUACUGUGUAUUCAAUUCACAAGUUUGUGUACAGAUAAUAAAAUGACAAUUAAGCAGAAAUGUUUCUAGUGGCAUGCAGUAUUUCACAGAAUGUAGUCAAUAAAGAUCUGAUAGAAACCGA